GUCUUCCCCAACCCAACCCCCCCAUCAUCUUCCAACUCUGGCCUACACAUUCUUUAAUCAGAAACCCUAGAAAUUUUUCAACGUAAUUCCAAUUUGACCUCGUCUACUCUCGCUCUCUCCCACCCUCCUUUCCAUAUCCGCCUUGUUCUUCACGCUCUCUCUCUCUCUCUCUCUCUCUCUCUCUCCCCGUCUCUCUCUGAAACAGACCAUCACUGGAUGAAAAUGUCAAUCCUGCUUUGAUCAGCAGCGCACCAUGAGCGACUCCCAGAGCCCGUCUUCCUCCGACUGCGGUUCGGUCUCCCCCGGCGAUCAGAAUAUAGGGAGGAGUACAAGAAGCUCCAAUGGCAGUCAAAUAAUUGCCUCUAUGCCUUCGAGGCACUGGAGGGAUGUUUUCUGGUUAGCGAUAUUUAUAAUCCAUCUGAUCGGCUUAGGAUUUGUUCUUGGAGUUCUUGGUCUCAAUAGGUUCAAGAUAUCAGAUAGGCUUAACAUCGAUAAGUACGCCAACGCACCAUUGAGUAGCCAUGGGGGCUUAACGGAGGACUAUUGGCCACUUUUUGCUGUGGCUGGUGGUGUAGGAGCUCUUCUUGGGUUGACUUGGUUGUUGUUGCUGGGUUCUAAAGCUAACCAAAUGAUGAAGGUGUCAGUGCACAUUUUGACUACUUACCUCGCUGUUAUUGGAGUUUUGUGCUUUUGGGGUGAGCGGUUUUUCUGUGGCGUCGCCUUUGCUGUCGGAGCUGCACUGCAGUUCUUAUACGUUAUAUCUGUAAUAGACAGACUUCCUUUUACAAUGCUGGUUCUUCAGAAAGCUGUAAAGAUGGUUUGGACUCUUCCCGAAGUUAUGAGGGUAGCCUAUGCUUUUAUGUUAGUCAUGCUUUUGUGGAUGGCAAUAUGGUCAUUUGGAGUAGCUGGAGUUGUGGCAUCAGGCAUGGAUGAUCAGAAACGUUGGUGGCUUCUUGUGGUUCUCUCUGUCAGCCUAUUUUGGACGGGUGCAGUUCUUUGUAAUACUGUUCAUGUCAUAGUUUCUGGGAUGGUAUUCCUUGUUCUUAUUCACGGUGGCCGGCAGUCCUCAACGAUGCCUCAGAAUUCACUGAUGAAUUCUCUGCGGUAUGCUGUGACCACUUCUUUUGGCAGCAUAUGCUAUGGAUCACUCUUUACAGCUGCAAUUCGGACAUUGCGUUGGGAGAUCAGAGGAUUUCGGUCGAAGAUUGGCAACAACGAGUGCCUUCUUUGUUGUGUUGAUUUCCUCUUCAAUCUGGUGGAGACUCUUGUUCGAUUUUUCAACAAGUACGCAUAUGUACAGAUAGCAGUUUACGGGAAAGGCUUUAACCACUCUGCAAGGGAUGCCUGGGAAUUGUUUCAGUCAACUGGAGUUGAAGCACUGGUGGCCUAUGAUUGCUCUGGGGCUGUCCUGCUGAUGGGCAGUGUCUUGGGAGGCCUUAUCUCCGGGACUUGCGCUGGAGUUUGGGCUUGGACUAAAGCGAGCGACAGUGUAGUGAUGGUUGGGCCGACUUCAAUGUUGAUGGGAAUGGUCUUGGUUGGAGUGGCGAUGGUGGUGGUGGAAAGUGCGGUGACGUCCAUCUACAUAUGCUACGCAGAGGAUCCUUUGUUGAUUCACAGAUGGGAUGCUGAGUUCUUCAACCAGAUGUCGGAGAUGCUACACCGGCGGCUCCAGCACCGGAGUUCCCGGGCUUCUGAAGUUCUGAAUCGAAACCGGUUAGACAGCCACAUGCAGGGAACGCUUACGGUCUGAAUAAUCUAUCGCAUGAUGUAAGUAAUUCUUUUUGUAUAAAGCGAUUAUAAUUUAAUAGGAAAAGGGAAAAUUCCUUUCUUGUAGCUUUGAAUUAUGGGUUGGUUUGUACACUUUUCUCUUCUUCAAUCUUUAGUCUGUCCUUCUAUCAAAGUAAAUGGAUAAGCUCCCCCAGUUUUUGCGACAA